AUGUCACUUAUCACACCCGAUUGGGCCGGGGAACGAGCCGCCGUCACAUCUAAGGAUCUACGUACAGACCGUCUCCAGCCGUGCCAGCCCAAAACCCAUCGUCACUCUGCUGGCCGGGCUCUCUCUCUCUCUCUCUCUCUCCUCCAUCACGAUCUCACCAAAAACAACAACAACAUCAACGGAGCGUUUGAUCCGGAGGCUGGGACUAUACACCGUUUGAAUCGGGAGUCCAUUGUCGAUUCACCCCCAAAUCGGCUUCACGUCUCUCACUUCUCAUUCGUUGACCGAUGA